AUGGCGACAGUGAUUCAUGCAACUGAGGUGGCCCAGGUUGCCGCGGCUGUGAGCUCGUGUGCCGGCGUGCUCCACUUUUGGGCGGAGUGGUGCGGUCCGGCCAAGCAGAUGAGCGCCAUCUUCGCCGAACUCGCCCGUGCCAACCCCACCAUUACCUUUGUAGAGGUGGAGGCUGAGAAGUUGCCCGAGGUCGCCGAGCGCUAUGACGUCAAGGCCGUGCCCUACUUCGUCUUCCUCCUCGGCGGCAAGGUGAAGGAGUCGGUCGAGGGCGCCAACCCGCCCGAGGUGGUGCGCGCCGUGCGCGAACUCGCCGCGGCGGCAGCAUCGGGCAGCACCGCCACCGCCGUCAAGGCGGCCUCCGCGCCCCAGGCCGCUGCCACCAGCGCCGCUGCCGCCUCUCCGGAGGACGUCCAGGCCCGGCUCACCAAGCUCACCUCCUUCGCUCCCGUCAUGCUCUUCAUGAAGGGCACGCCUGAGGCGCCCAAGUGCGGCUUCAGCAGGAAGAUUGUGGAGAUACUCAACCAGGAGCACGUCCGGUUCGGCUCCUUUGACAUCCUGAGCGACAACGAGGUGCGGGAGGGGCUCAAGAAGCUGAGCAACUGGCCCACCUACCCGCAGCUCUACGUCAACGGCAAGCUCAUUGGCGGCCUCGACAUCGUCAAGGAGCUCCACGAGGAGGGCGAGUUCCCCUCCGUCUUCCCCAAGCAGGAGGACGACCUGAACACGCGGCUGCAGAAGCUCAUCAGCCAGGCGCCUGUCGUGCUCUUCAUGAAGGGCAGCCCUGACGCCCCUCGCUGCGGCUUCUCCAAUAAGACGGUGGCCCUGUUGCAGGGCGCUGGGAUCAAGUUCGCGCACUUUGACAUCCUGAGCGACAGCGAGGUGCGGGAGGGGCUCAAGAAGUACAGCAACUGGCCCACCUACCCGCAACUCUACGUGAGUGGCAAGCUCGUCGGCGGCCUUGACAUCAUCAAGGAAAUGCACGAAGAGGGUGAACUCCUCGCCGUCAUCCCGCCCGAGGCCAAAUAA